ACACGCCAUCUAGGACUAGCUUGCUAACGCUGGCUAACCGAGCUAAGAUGCUAUAGGCCUUAUAUAGAGGCUAAAUUCAGCCUCUUAACACCAGCUAGCUAAUUACUCUAUACAGUGGCAAGAUAAGUGCCAGGUACACAUAACUAAGAAGAUGAGUGAACUAAAGGACUGCCCACCACUUAAGUACUAUGAUUUCAAGCCUGUGGAGCAUGUAAAAGUGUGUCCACGCUACACGGCCGUGUUGGGCCGCUCAGAGGAUGAUGGCAUCGGCAUUGAGGAGCUGGACACGCUGCAGCUGGAGCUGGAGACGCUGCUGUCUUCGGCCAGCCGACGUCUCAGAGCCUUGGAAGAACAGAGACAGAUUCUUACAGACUGGCAGGACAAGAAAGGUGACAAAAGGUUUUUAAAGAUGGGCAAAGACGCAGAUAUCUCUGCCUCGUCUCGCCCUUCCAAACCUAAGAAGCAGAAGGUGGAGGCAAAGGUAGCUCAUGGGCCAGGUCCUGGGCCAGGCAGACCCAAAUCCAAGAACCUGCAGCCCAAGGUUCAGGAGUAUGAAUUCAGCGAAGAUCCACAGGAUAUUCCCCGCAACCCCAAAAACGAUGCGCCAAACAGAUUCUGGGCCUCGGUGGAACCCUACUGUGCGGACAUCACCAAUGAAGAGAUAAGGGUUCUUGAGGAACUUCUUAAACCACCUGACGACGAAGCAGAAUAUUAUAAGAUUCCUGCUCUUGGUAAACACUACGCUCAGCGCUGGGCUCAGGAGGACCUGCUGGAAGAGCAGAGAGAGGGAGCCCGAGCCAAUGACAAGAAGAAAAGCCUCCUGGGUCCGCUCUCCGAAAUAGAUGCCAAAGAUGUGGACGCUAUGCUAAAGAAGUCUGAAUCCCAACACGAACCCCCAGAGGAUGGCUGCCCAUUUGGUCCUCUUACACAACGCCUGCUGCAAGCUCUGGUGGAGGAGAAUAUCAUAUCCCCCAUGGAGGAUUCCCCCAUCCCAGACAUGCCAGUGAAAGAUGAUGGGGCUGGGACAUCACCUCGCAGCCAGGGAAAAGCCUUCAGUGUGCCUCACACUCGUUCUCUGGAAGCUCGGAUUAAGGAGGAGUUGGUUUCUCAGGGCCUGCUGGAUUCAGAGGAGAGGCAGAGUGCAGGUGGAGACUCUGAGGAUGAGGUUCUGGCCGAGCUUCAGAAGAGGCAGGCGGAGCUGAAGGCUCUGACUGCCCACAAUCGUGCACGCAAACAGGAGCUUCUACGAUUAGCACGAGAGGAGAUGAGAAAGCAGGAGCUGCGGCAGCGCGUCCGAGUGGCCGACAACGAGGUCAUGGAGGCCUUCCGUCGCAUCAUGGCAGCCAGGCAGAAGAAACGCACUCCAACCAAGAAAGAAAAGGAUCAGGCGUGGAAGGCCCUGAAAGAGAGGGAGAGCAUCCUCAAACUAUUGGAUGGAUAAAGAGAAGAAGACAGAGGACUGACUGUGAUAUUGUGCUGGUGUGCCCUGGGGACCAGAGUUUUAUUUUUUUGUUUGUUUGUUUAAUAGGGAGGUCAACCAGCUUACUAACAUUAACAAACAAUAAUAUGAAACUUAGGCUGGUAUCAGGGCUGGUUCUAGACAAGUCUGACAUUUUAACUUUUUUUCCCCUUCUCCUCAAAUCAAUAAUAAGCUGUUUAUGUACUGUUUUAUAUCGCUGUAUGGUAAGGACAAAUAUGCUAUAGAAAGAUUGGGAAUUUGGGCUGAUUUCCAGUUUCCGCCAAUGCAAAAACACAGACGUGACUAGAUGACAAGACAAGAUACACCUAGAUAUUUUUUAUAUAUACAGCUCUGGAAAAAUAAGAGACCACUUAAAAAGGAUGAGUUUCUUUGAUUUUACCAAAUUGAAAACCUCUGGAAUAUAAUCAAGAGGAAGAUGGAUGAUCACAAGCCAUCAAACCCAACUGAACUGCUUGAAUUUUUUCACCAGGAGUGAGUAGCAUAAAGUUAUCCAAAAGCAGUGUGUAAGACUGGUGGAGGAGAACACACCAAGAUGCAUGAAAACUGUGAUUAAAAACCAACCAGGGUUAUUCCCCCUAAUAUCUUUAAACUUUGAAUAUGAACUUGUUUUAUUUGCAUGAUUUGAGGUCUGAAAGCUCUUGAUCUUUUUGUUGUUUCAGACAUUUCUCAUUUUCUGCAAAUAAAUGCUCUAAAUGACAAUAUUUUUAUUUGGAAUUUGGGAGAAAUGUUGUCUGUAGUUUAUAGAAUAAAACAACAAUGUUCAUUUUGCUCAAACAUAAACCUAUAAAUAGCAAAAUCAGAGAAACUGAUUCAGAAACUGAGUGAUCUCUUAAUUUAGUUCCAGAGCUGUAGCUACUAGCAAAUUCUAGUACCACUGUGCAAACAGGCCUAUUCAAAGUCCAGGUAUAGAACCAGCCCUGAGAAAGUCUUACUGAGCAAGAAGAUGAUGAUGUGCACUAAUAAACCAGUCACUGAUACUGAUACACUACUGUGAUAAAUCCCAUGGUCAUGAUGCCAGAACUCAGGAGGUGUUUGGAUCAGACUUCAGAGUAAUGAUGUACGAGUAAUGAGUUCUGAUCUAGCUUCGUUUUUUUAAUGUCUCACAUAUUCUGACAAACACAAUAACGUGGAGAUACAGUAUAUACAGAUAUGUACGGGUUCUGGUAUCGCUCAUUUACCGUGUUUGCCUUUUUGUACAGUUCCCCAAUGCAAGCAGUGAUAUCAGCAGUGAUUGUUACUGUUGUUAUUGUUGUUAUUUGUCCUAUGAUAAAGCUGUAUUUUGCCAGUGCAUGGGUAAAAGAGGAUGCACGUUAUUUUGCUUACAUUUUUAUUUGAUGUGGACGGACUCAAGAAAGUGGAAAACAGACUAUUUAAAUGAAGGGGUUAAAUAAGUACGAGUGUUGGUUAUUGUUAUUAUUAAAAUAGGUUCUUUUUUUUGUACAGAGGAGACUGUGAUGUUGUGGAGAUGGUAUGGUGGUUUGUUAUCAGCGUUUUGAAAAUGGAGCGUGGUUAACUGUGUCGCUGCAUGUGAGCCAGCAGAUGAAAAUAAACCAAGUGUUUAAUGAA